GUCAAUUGUCAAAUAACUCAACAACUGCAUAAAGCUAAAUCUGAAUACCUACAUAAAUAACUUUAUUUUUUAAAUACAUCUACGAUUACAAAACACAUUUUUUUUUAAUUCAAGGUUUUGGUAUUACACAAAACGCCACGGACUAGGUCAUUGAAAGUUGGAGUAUACAAUUUCUAAUUAAACCAAUGUUUAUCCCACAUUAAAGAUGUUACGUGUACCGGUUAGAAAAAGCACAGGUUUCACACGAAUGAAGUCUACCAGUAGUAUUCGAAAUACGUUUAUAAAAUAUUUUAUCGAUAAUCAUGCCCAUAAAUUCGUGAAAUCAAGUUCAGUUGUACCGUUAUGUGACCCGACAGUUCCAUUUGUAAAUGCGGGAAUGAACCAGUUCAAAGGUGUAUUCCUUGGCACAGUUAAUGCACCAUGUCCGAGAGCUGUAAAUUCACAGAAGUGCAUAAGGGUUGGGGGCAAGCACAAUGACUUGGAUUUAGUUGGAACUGAUAGUCAUCAUCACACAUUCUUUGAGAUGUUGGGCAAUUGGUCCUUUGGUGACUACUAUAAGAAAGAGGCAUGUCAAAUGGCAUGGGAUCUGCUGCUCGGUCCCUAUCGCUUGAAGCCUGAUGAUUUGGUUGUCACAUACUUUGCCGGUGAUCCUACCAUGAAACUGAAUGAGGAUAGAGAAUGCAGAGAUAUAUGGAAGUCCCUUGGAGUGUCUCCGAGUCGUAUAAAAGGUCUUGGAGCUUCAGAUAAUUUCUGGGAGAUGGGAUUGACUGGGCCUUGCGGUCCAUGUACUGAAAUACAUGUUGUCAACCCUGACGGAAGCCUGACCGAAAUCUGGAAUUUGGUGUUUAUACAGUUUAAUAGGGAAACAGAUGGUUCAGUUACCUCUCUGUCUCGUCAUCACGUGGAUACUGGCAUGGGAUUAGAAAGAAUGGCGAAGUUGCUGCAAGGCGUACCCUCUAAUUACGACACAGAUAUUUUCAAACCUCUCAUCAAGGCGAUCGAGAAGAACAGCAAAAAUGUACCAGCUUAUAGUGGUCAGUACACGGAGAGUUCAACAUUGGACUGUGCUUACAGGCGGCUCGCUGACCACUCGAGGAUGAUCAGUGUCUGUUUAGCUGACGGUGUCUUCCCUGCCAACAGCUUAAAUGUAAAGCAAAUAAUGCGUAAAUCGUUCAAAAUAUGCUCUGAUGUCUUCAACAACCCUCACCUGCUGUCGAAUUUAUAUGAUGAAGUUGCAGCGACCUUGGGCUCUACCUAUCCAGAGCUAGUGAGCAACAAGUCGAGUGCGAAACUUAUUAUUGAGCACGAAGCCCAGGCCUAUGCGAAGAUGAGAGCUGGUCUGGUGAAGAAGUGGAAGGACCUGGUGAUGAGGUACCCCGAGGUUGAAAGCCUCAAUGAUGUCGAGACACCUGGAUUCGCUUUAGGAUAUAAGGAGUUCAAAGAGACUGUUUCAAAACUUAACACAUCUAUAAUACCCGGAGAAUUGAUAUUCAAACUUUACGAUACUCACGGCUUGCAAGAGGAACUAAUAAAUAGAAUAGCAGAAUUAAACAACAUGACCACAGACAAGGAGGGCUUCCAACAACUUCUGUCAAAGCACAAACACAGACACAAGACUGCAUUCAAAGAGCAAGCUUUAAACAAAACCAUAUUAUUCAAUGAUGCAAUCGAUCGAUUAAUUAAAAACGGAAUUAGUAGAACCAAUGAUCUUUUUAAAUAUAAUUACGAGAUCACAGACAGUAAACUUGAAUUUAAAACUUUGACAACGAAAUUAUGUGCCAUUUUGAAUGAGGACUGUCAAUGGAUUGACGUUUUAGAUACAAUCGAAAAUAGACCUUAUUAUUUGGUAACAGAAGACACGAAUUUCUAUUGCGAGGAGGGUGGUCAGAUAUCAGACUCUGGUGUUGCAAGAAUCGACGAACAUUUAUCAUUUAAAGUCGAUAGUGUUUUUAAAAUUCGAGAUUUUGUCUUCCACAAAGGCUGUUUUCUAGUUGAUAAAAAUUAUAGUGCUUGUGUUAAGUGCGGUAGUGACGUAACUUUAAUUAUAGAUGGUGAGAAAAGACUUAGGGUCAUACAAAAUCACACGGCCAUCCAUCUUUUGAAUGCAGCUAUCAGGAAAGCAUUACCAAACAGUGUUGUAAGUCAAAUUGGUUCUAAAGUGACUGACAGGGGCUUGUAUCUGAAUCUGUCAGUUUAUGGUGAGAAAUUAUCAGAAGAUGUCCUAUUGGCCGCUGAAUGUAUGAUCAGGGAAUCCAUAGAAUCGAAUGCUCGAAUAGAAACGAAAAUAUUAGACAGCGUCCAACUGGCUCUCGAAGACUCAGUGGUCACCGUUCCGGGAGAGACUUACCCGGAGACCGGACUUAGAUUGGUGAUAAUACAGGAGCCUCUGAUCUCCAAGGAAUUGUGUUGCGGUACUCACGCGCCAUCUGCCGGCGCGCUGCGGGACGUGUGCAUCACGCAGGCCAAGGGGCUCGGGACCAACGCCCCCACCGUGUACUGCGUGUCCGGGGAGGCGGCCCGGCAGGCAAGGGAGCUGUUCUGCCGUACAAAAAAAUUGGAGGAAGUGGUUGAUCUGAUGGACCCUGAGCGACUUAGAGAGGAGGUGGCGGACAUCCGGCGCGCCCUCGGGGACGUGUGCGGGGACCGCGGCGCUCCCCGCGGCGAGCUGGCGCGCUGCCUGACCGCUCUGCGCCGCGCCGCCGCCCGCCCCGCGCCGCACCCCGAGCCGCACCCCGCGCCCGCCCUGCAGGCCAUCGCUGAGGCGGAGAUCCGUGAAGCGAUCCAAGAGGCUGUUGAUGGCGGUCGUAGGUUCGUGGUGCAGUUUGUGCGGUGCUCCUACCUCAUGCAGGACUCCGGGCUGGCGUGCGCGCUGCGGUCCGGGGGCGCCCUGCCCGCCCUGCUGCUGGGCUGCGCGGGGGGCGUCAUCCACGCGCAGGCGCACGUGCCCAAGGAUCUAGUGACACAGUCCUUCACGGCGGAGCGCUGGUUGGGCUGCAUCCUCCCCGUGUUCAGAGCCGCCGCGCAGCCCCCCGCCUGCGGAGACUCCGCCCUCACGCGAGCUGCGAUGACUCCCACCAAGGUGAGCCUGAUCGACUGUGAGGAUCUAGUGCAGGACGCCAUGCGGGCCGCCAUCAGGUUCGCGCAGGCGCACGCGCACGCGCCCCGCCGCCCCGCCGACAAGAACAGGCAACACAAUUAGAUAUCGUUACACUUCUCCUUUUUUAAGGGAUUUUUAGCCCUGGUAACUAAGACCUUUAGGUCAAGUCAUAUUUUAAUUAAUGUUCUUAUUUUUAUGAAAAAAGAUAAUAAUAUGUAUAAUUUGAGACAUUAAUCAACUGAAAUGAAAUUAAAUAAAUGAGAUGAGACGAAAUAUAAUCUCAGUAAAAGGGUGAUCAUUUACCGAGAUUUUUUCAGUGGACUUUUUGGGAGGAUCCCGAGAAGUUACGUCCAGCGGCUUUGUUUCAUUUUCCCACGUUUGUGCACUUUCACAAAUAUUAAACAGUUAAUAAACCACCGUUAUUACACAUUUAAACCCGAAGAAACACUAAAUAGACAAAAUAAAACAAAUCACACAACUUCACUACUCGCGUUCCCACCAAAAAGUCCAAAUAAAAAAUGAUAUUUGAGUCUUGCACAGAGUAUAUAAAAAUGUAGGCUAAAAUAUCUGUUUGAAUAAAACCAAUAAUGACGUUUCGUCGUGACUACGUCAGCUAGCCUAUUGACGUUUGAGGACAAACAACGGUCAAAGAUAUUUGAUUUAGAAUAUCGGUAAUUAAAGAUUAUUUGUCAUUAUAAAUUGAUUUUUUUAUACAUAUUCCUCGAAAUGGUUUUUCAAUAAUAAUAGAAAAAUACCCUUUGGAGAUAAAUGAAAACAGAAAAACUAAACUUUUAUAAUCUGUAUUUAAAUUAAUACAUUUUUUAAAUACGAUAUUAUCAAGCUUCGCUUUAAAACUCUAGUCACCCACUUUUAGUUGUAAAACUGAUAAACUAGCAACACCGGAAAAGAGAAGCGAGGUAUCACAAAUAUAUCAUGUUAAGACCUAUAGACCUAAGAAGUACCAUCUUAGUGUAUUAAAAAUUGUCCGCUGGAAUGUAGCUAAUUAAGUUGCCGCCAUAGCAGCAAGUGGAAGGAUUUUAAAAAUAAGCGCCAUAAACUAGCACACUUAGCUUCAAUCCAGCACACUUCGUUCUGUUUAUAAAUGCUAUAUUCAUUUCCCUUCUGGCUGAGCCCUUGCUCGCCCAUAAAAUGUAUGAAAAAGUCUUGUCUACCCUCCAUAACAUGUAUGAACAAAAGUCUUUUCUACCCUCCAUAAAAUCAUGAAAAAAAGUGUUUGUAGAGUAGUAUCCCCUCUCGGUUUCAGCAGUCACUCGUUCCGGUUUGAAGAGUGGAAUAAUCGUUGUACAACAAGGAUGAGCAACACGCAACAACAAAAUUGAAUGAAAUACAUUCAAUUUUAGGAAUGCUUGACGGACGGUGAAGUCGAUAAAAUAUAUCGACUUUUCAAUUCCUUUUUCCGUUCUUUUUUUGUUUGUUUUUAUCUUGCAUUAAAAUUUGUAUAUGAAAUCUUUUUUUUUUUGUUUUUUUUUUAUUCUAAUAUUUAUUAUAAAUAAAGUUUCGUAAAUGAUUAAUAAGAGUCAAUAUAUGAGCGGUCCAACAAAAAAUUUUUUUUUUAAAUUUGCCCUUUUAUUAAAAAGGUUGAUCACCCCUGUUGUACAACAUAGUUGAAGAUUCGACCGCGUGUCUCAAGCUAGGUGGGGUCAUUUCAAACACUCGAUAACUAGCAUAAUUAUGAAAAACUGAGGUUGGAGGGGGAGGAUUGGUUGAUUUGAAUAUACUGCUUACUUAUCUUAUGCUGUACUUAUCGACAGUCAGCUGUCUUUUUACAAAUUUAUUAUAAAUUUAUUAAAUAUUAAAGAUGAUUGUAUUGUUUUUAUGUAAAUGUUUGUUAAUAAAAUCAGCUGAAUUUUGCAAAUACUAAAAAA